AUGGCGCCAAUAUCACAUCUUAUCCGAAGACAGCCUCUUGGAGGAAAGAUACAAGCUUGGCGGUCUCAUAUCGCCAUGCUUGGGAAAACCUUAGCAAAAUCGCGGUACUUGAGCUUGAGUUUUAACCGAAUGCAAGUCCCGCUAGGGAUUCUGAAUCUGGGUAAAAACAACUUCCAUGGUCUCAUGGGACCUGAUCCUUUGGCACUUGACUUCCCUCAUCUCUACAUCCUGGACAUAAAGAUGAAUAAUUUCGCUGGCAGCUUGCCAUCCAAGUAUUUUCUGCAAUCAAACUUGACAAAUAUUGACUUCACGAUCAACAAGUUUGAAGGAGGCAAAUUGCCAAGGUUCUUGGCAAACUGCAGCAAACUGAAAACUUUAGAUCUCAGUAACAAUGAACUCCAGGAUUCAUUUCCAGUUGGCUUGAAGCUCUCCCCAGCCUGGAAGAUACCUGAUGUGAUCGGGGAUCUAAAAUUACUCACAGGCCUCAACUUCUCUCAGAACAACCUGACGGGCCCUAUCCCGUAUUCCUUUGGGAAUCUGACUAAUCUUGAAUGGCUAGACCUCUCGCUGAAUAAUCUCUCUGGAGAGAUCCCUGGAUCCUUAGCUGAUCUAACAUCACUGGCAUACUUAAAUCUCUCCAUGAACCGGCUCAUGGGACCCAUUCCUAAGGGCAAACAGUUCAACACAUUCAAGAGCGACUCCUUCGGGGGAAAUCCCGGGCUGUGCGGAUUUCCAUUGCCAAGAGAAUGCGGAGAGAGGAUGCAAACAAACCGCCACCAUCAACUCAUGCAGAAGAAGAAGAUACGGAGAAUGGAAGUUGGAUCGAAUGGCGGGCAGUACCAAUGGGUUAUGGAUGCGGGACUGCAUUUGGACUUUCAGCAGGAUAUAUCAUGCUUCAUUUCCGGAGACCACUAUGGCUCAUGA